CGGCGACUCCCAGCCUGUCUGAGCGGCAGCUGGAGGGACCGUGUCGCUGUGUGUGUGGAGGUGUGUGUGUGGAGGUGUGUGUAGUGGUGUGUGUCGCGGUGUGUGUGGAGGUUAAAGGUGAAGCUGCAGACCUGAGCAGGUGACCAGAGGACGUUUUAUUCCUGUGAAGAUGCUCGGCGUCCCUCAGGGAGUGCGGGUUCAGGUGAGCCCUGGGCUCCAGACUGAGUGUUAGCCAUGCUGCGGCAGUCCGAGCCGACCUCCAGUACUCUGCACCUGGUAGCCAGCGACAUGACCUCCAUCAUGGAGCAGCUGGACACUAAAGAUCUCGACGUUGGCGACGGCGAGUUCCCCGCCACGGAAGCCGGGGACCGGUUGCCCUUCACCGCGAUUUAUAGGUUGGUGGGUUUCAAGGAGUCCGACGCCAUGGUCUUCCUGUCUUCUCCCAUCACCGCCAAAAUCUUGGAAGUGGAGCGAUACACGUCGAAUCGGGAUCGCUUCAACAACUCCGUCCAGAGGAGCGUCAACAAGUCGACGCCGGCCAUGUAUAAGAUCGAGCUGAAACACGGCGAGUUCACCUGGGAGGUGAAGAAGAAGGAGAAACACUUCGUGGAGCUUCACAGGGACCUGAGGGCCUACAAGGCGCUGAGGCGGCUCCACCUGCCGGCACGAGGUAACUCGAUCAGGAGAAGAGCGACGAUGAAGUUGGAGAAGGCGCAGAUCCCCGUCCUCCCCAGAGAAGAAGUGAAGAACCAAAGCGGAAGCAUUUCCAGCCGCAAGAAACAACUUGAGGAUUACCUGAACAACCUGCUGCAGAUGCCGAUGUACAGGAGCUGCCACGCCACGAUGGAGUUCAUAGACGUCAGCCAGCUUUCCUUCAUUCAUGAUUUAGGUCCCAAAGGAUUGGAAGGAAUGGUGCAGAAACGUUCUGGCGGCCAUCGAUUCCCCGGCCUGAACUGCUGCGGGCGCAGUAAGAUCUGCUACCACUGGUCCAAACGCUGGCUGGUGGUGAAAGACUCUUUCCUCAUGUACAUGAAGCCAGACUCCGGUGCCAUCUCCUUCGUGAUGCUGUUCGACAAAGAGUUCAGCAUCAAGUUGGACUCCAAAGAGACAGAAACCAAACAUGGCCUCCGGAUCAACAGCCUGUCCAGGUCGUUGGUGCUGAAGUGCUCCAGCUACAGACACGCCCGCUGGUGGGGCCAGGCCAUCGAAGUCUUCUCCCGGAAGUACGGCGCCGCCUUCCUCACGGACCACCGCUUCGGAUCCUUCGCCAGACAGGAGGAGAACAUCCCUGCCAAAUGGUAUGUGAACGGAAAAACCUACAUGGAGGACGUGGCGAACGCUCUGGAGGAGGCCAAGGAGGAGAUCUUCAUCACGGACUGGUGGUUGAGUCCAGAGAUCUUCCUGAAGAGGCCGGUCGUCGAGGGAAACCGGUGGCGUCUCGACUGCAUCCUGAAGCGCAAAGCGCAACAAGGAGUUCGGAUCUUCGUGAUGCUCUACAAGGAGGUGGAACUGGCUCUGGGAAUCAACUCCGGCUACAGCAAGCGGACGCUGCUGCACCUCCACCCCAACAUCAAGGUGAUGCGGCACCCCGACCACGUCUCCUCCGCCGUCUACCUGUGGGCGCAUCACGAGAAGAUCGUGGUGGUCGACCAGUCGGUGGCGUUCGUGGGCGGCAUCGACCUGGCGUACGGCCGCUGGGACGACCGGGAGCAUCGGCUCACCGACAUCGGCAGCGUGACGCUCUCACACCUGGAGCAGGCCGCCGCCUCCAGCUCAGCGGCGCCCAGCUCAGCGGCGCCCUCCGGUGGCGGCGGCCAGAACAAAGUCUUCUCGGUGAUGGACUGUAGAGAUCAGCCCAAGCUGAAGAGUCAGGGGAGGAUGAGGAGGACGAAGAUGAGCAUCAAGAAGCACCUGCAGAAACACGGGCUGGCGCGCGCCGACAGCGACAGCGACGUGGAGGAGGAGGAGAGGAGCCGCUCGGUGCAAAGUCUUCAUACGGGCGUCGGGGAUCUGUUUGGAGACACCCGGUUCUGGCACGGGAAGGAUUACUGCAACUUCGUGCACAAGGACUGGAUUCAGCUGGACAAGCCUUUCGAUGAUUUCAUAGACAGACAUAAAACUCCCAGAAUGCCUUGGCACGACAUCGCGUCAGUCGUCCAUGGGAAGGCGGCGCGAGACGUGGCUCGACAUUUCAUCCAGCGGUGGAACUUCACCAAGCUGAUGAAGCCAAAGUACCGCUCUCUGUCGUUUCCUUACCUGCUGCCCAAGUCGCACCUCACAGCCGGAGAGCUUCGAUACCAAGUCCCCAACUGCACCACCGCUAAAGUGCAGAUCCUUCGCUCGGCCUCCGACUGGUCAGCUGGCAUCAAAUACCACGAGGAGUCCAUCCACAACGCUUACGUCCACGCCAUCGAGAACAGCCAGCACUUCAUUUACAUCGAGAAUCAGUUCUUCAUCAGCUGCUCAGACAACAAGCUGGUUUACAACAAGAUCGGCGACACGAUAGCGCAGCGCAUCAUGAAGGCUUACAGGGAGGGAACGAAGUACCGCGUCUACGUGGUGACGCCUCUGCUGCCGGGCUUCGAGGGCGACAUCAACACGGGGGGCGGCAGCGCCAUCCAGGCGGUGAUGCACUUCAACUACAGGACCAUGAACAAAGGAGAGCACUCCAUCAUUUCCCAGCUGAGAGCCGAGAUGGGGGAUCAGUGGAUGAACUUCAUCUCGUUCACCGGCCUGCGGACGCACGCCGACCUGGAGGGGACGCUGGUCACCGAGCUCAUCUACGUCCACAGCAAGAUGCUGAUCGCCGACGACAACACCGUCAUCAUCGGUUCCGCCAACAUCAACGACCGCAGCAUGCUGGGGAAGCGGGACAGCGAGGUGGCCGUCAUCGUGGAGGACUCGGAGACGGUGGACGCCGUCAUGGACGGGCAGCCGUACCGGGCCGGGAAGUUCGCCCUGCAGCUGCGCCUCGAAUGCUUCAGGAUGAUCCUCGGCGCCAACACCGAUCCGUCCAUCAACGUUUCUGAUCCCAUCAGCGAACUUUUCUACAAGGAGACCUGGAUGGCCACCUGCGCCCGCAACGCCUCCAUCUACCAGAAGGUUUUCCGCUGCCUGCCGUCCAGCGACGUGCGGAACAUCUCGGAGCUGGAGGGCUUCCUGGCCAAACCGGGCCUGGCCCGAGACGACCCGGCCCGCGCCCAGGAGGAGCUGAAGAAGAUCCGCGGCUUCCUGGUCCAGUUCCCGCUCCAGUUCUUGAGCGAACAGAACCUGCUGCCGCCCAUCGGCUGCAAGGAGGCCAUGGUCCCCAUGGAGGUCUGGACCUGACCGCCAUGUCGGACCGGGAGCCGUUCCUUCUGGUCAGGACAAAGUUCUGUGGUUCUGGUUGAGUCCGAUGACAGCGGGGCGACCCGCCUGAGGUCCAGUCUGACGGAAGCAGCUGAUGUGCCAAAGACAGAAUCAACCUGCAAGCCUGGACCCGGGCCGAAGCAGCAAACACUACAGCAUCGUCUCCAAAACCUGCUGCUGCUCUGGAAAUGAAACUCCGAUAAACGUCUCCAGGAAGGACCAGGAACCGACCCGAUUCAUCCAAACAGCCAAAAACCCUCAAACAUCCUCAGCCUGUCGCAGGUUUCAUGUCUCCAGUCACAUCUACCGGUUUCCUCUGAUCAUUGGAUCUGAUUGGGUUGAAACUCAACCAGCGUUUCGCUCAGCGGUGCCUGAAAACCCACUUCCUGGUAGGAUACUGACUGUGCAGCUCUGCUCCUGCGAACACUAUGCAACAUCCAGGGCUGGGAAACGCAGCUCAACACUAACGGAUAAAAACGGCAGAAAUCUGAUCAUAAUUCUGUUAAAGUGCCAAAACCCCUGGAAGCCCGGUGUCAGAGUCGCUCCACUUCCUGAUUCCUCCGUUUACUGUGACGCUUUUCUUCUGGGCAGAAAUCGUUUUACAAACUUUAUCUCACAUUAAAUCACUUUAUAGCUUUUCUUCUCAAAAUAAACCAACACGUUGCCUCUCAGACUAACAAACUGUUGUUGUGCUGCAUGAAGAGUCCGGUGCUGUUACCACGACUCUUAAAACUGAUGUAGUAAAUGGUUUUAUUGGUUUGUACAGUCACUGUUUGGCCGCUAGGGGGCAGCAGAAUGAGCUAAAAUCACUAAAAAUCUGAAAUAUUAACAUUUAAUGUGAUUCUGUUGAAGAUUUUAUUUAUUUAUUUUGUCUUAUUUUUGGAGGUAUUUGGGUGUCAAUUUUUUUUGUUUUUUUUAAAAUUUUGACUAAUUGUACAACUUUCUACUGCAUCAUUUCACAGGUUUGAAUCUGGAAAACUAAUAUUUGAGACAAUAAAUCUGUAACUGGGUUGAAAUUAACUAAAUCUGAAAAUUUGAAAUAAAAAAAUAACAAAAUACAAAAAACAAUUCUGAAAGAAAAAAACCCUAAAAAAAUCAGGAAACAUUUUGUCUUUAAUUUACUUAAAUUAAGACAAACAUUUUCCUUUAAAUUCAAUUUUAAUUUAACCUUAGUUUCUUCCUACUUCGUUAUUUUUUAAACAUAAGUAUUAUCCUUGCUGGGCACAGACAUAAACAGACUUUAUCAUUCAACUAUACGUUUAAAAUGUAAAUAUUGAGCAAAAAUUUGCUGCAACGUCCGAUAAUAAAACGGUAAAUUAAAUAAUAAAUUGUAUCAACAUAAAUAUAUGCAAUAAAAAGAUUUUACAUAUGAAGCAACAUUCUCAUGAGGAAUAUUUUCUCUUAAGGUCUAAAUAAAUUCAAGAUUUAUUUUCUUAAAUUUGAGUGUUUGGUUUGUUUUUGCUGCCCUCUAGUGGCCUUUGUUUAUAAGCAGCUGCGGUUUUGCAGGUUAAACUGUAACGUAAAUGUUCUGUGGCGUUUAUCUGCAUGGAGCCGCGACCCGAGUCGCCGCCAGCUUGACCCCAACCUGUUGCCAUGACCUCCAGCUGACCUCAGCAUGACCCUGAGAGCUUUCCCUGAAGCCAUGAGGCUGCCUCUCUGUUUCUACCUCCAGUUGGUGGUUUUUUCUGUCAUAUCAAGACUUUUUGCAGCUUUGCACAAACUGAGCAGAGGUUUUCUGUUUCCAGCUGCAGUGGCUCUGAAACUGACCGUCUGGUUUUUCUCUCUUCUGCCUGUUUCUCUAUGGAAAUUAUGCACUAUUUGCACAGACUGUUGUUUUCUUGCUCUUCGGUGUCCCGUCAUGUUGCUCUGGUGAAACAUUGGACUCAGUAAAUGAAUAAAUGAAGGGUUGAUGGCAUUAAAAUGAA